CAUGAAUAAGUUUUUGAUAUAGAAAAAGAAAAACAAAAAUGGGUUUCCGAGGGAAAUUCUUCUUCCCAAUUCUCAUGACUCUAUCAUUAUUUUUAAUAAUCAGAUACAACUACAUAGUCUUUGGUGAUCCUCCUCUCCGGCAAGAUCUCCCUGGUCGCCGUUCAUUUUCAUCUGGAGAUGACGUCAUAUCUUCAGUCAGGACUCCGUCAAAGAGGACGAAGAGACUGUUUCACACGGCGGUGACAGCCACGGACUCUGUUUACAGCACGUGGCAGUGUCGGAUCAUGUACUAUUGGUACAACAGGUUUAAGGACGAACCCGGUUCGGAGAUGGGCGGGUAUACCCGGAUAUUGCAUUCGGGUAGACCCGAUGGGCUCAUGGAAGAGAUCCCUACCUUUGUGGCUAACCCUCUUCCCUCUGGUGUUGAUCAGGGAUAUGUAGUUCUAAAUAGGCCUUGGGCGUUUGUGCAAUGGCUCCAACAAGCACAUAUAGAGGAAGAGCAGGGGAAAGCCACUUUUGAUGUUCAGAUACUUUCCUGUUUCUUUGAUCAUCAUGUCAGUUACAUUCUCAUGGCGGAACCUGAUCACAUCAUAGUUAAACCGAUACCGAACCUGGCACGAGGCAAUCUCGGAGCUGCAUUUCACUUUUUCUACAUUGAACCAAAGAAUUAUGAAUCGGUUAUCCGCAAAUUCUUUCCAAAGGAGUAUGGACCGAUAUCAAGAAUCGAUCCCAUUGGGAAUUCUCCCGUGAUUGUUUCUAAGAAUGCAUUAAAGAAAAUUGCUCCAACAUGGAUGAACGUUUCUUUAGCUAUGAAGAAUGAUCCACAAACUGAUAAAGCUUUUGGAUGGGUCCUUGAAAUGUAUGCAUAUGCUGUUUCUUCGGCGUUACACGGCGUAAGCAACAUUCUACACAAAGACUUCAUGAUUCAGCCUCCUUGGGACACUGAAUCAAAGAAGACGUACAUAAUACAUUACACUUAUGGCUGUGAUUUCGACAUGAAGGGAAAGAUACUGUAUGGUAAGAUUGGAGAAUGGAGAUUCGAUAAACGGUCUUACGGAGAUAAACCGCCCCCGAGAAAUCUCACAUUGCCUCCUCAAGGUGUUCCCGAGAGCGUGGUUACAUUAGUGUCAAUGGUGAACGAAGCUACGGCUAAUAUUCCUAACUGGGAAUCUUAAAAAGAGAUAUAUUUUGUUUUGUAAGCAAGACUAUAUUCCUUUAAUUCUGUUCUAUAGUUUUCUUUACUCCAAAGAUUUAAUGGAUUGGAAAUAGCUGUAGGAAAAUUACUAAUAAACAUUACAUACAUUUACAAAAGCAAAUAAAAGGAAAAUAAAGACUUAAUAUUUAACAA